AUGUCGCGCGCGUCCCGUCUGAGUGGCAUAUUGUUCUUGCUAGCCCCAGGUGACCUGGCCGUUCCUGGUCGUGACACAGAGCACUUGGAGUUCCUCAACCUCCUUCGUUUCGCUGUUGUACAAUACAGCCCGUCUGUAGAACACUAUCUAUCACCUCCCUUCAACGACGCGAUGGCGACGCUGAACGAUGCGAUGUUUGUUCAAGAGCGCCUUGGCUAUAAGUUCCAGAACCAGGAUAUCCUGCUCUUAGCGUUGACCGCAGCAGGGAAAGGAGGGGCGGAGGACGAGGAAGACAAACCAGGAAACAGCCGGCUAGCACAUCUUGGAAACUUUCUGAUGCAGUUUCUGCUGGCCUGGGUUGGCUUCUCUAAUAACUGGAGUCGAGCCGGCACAACUUCACUGAGAACGCGGCUCGGUAGCAACAGCCACUGUGCUAAAAUUGCGCAGAAAGCUGAACUGGACUGCUGCCUUAAAUAUGAUAUGCGAUCAGGGUCGAGGUCUGCGGGGGUCCUCCGGAAAGCCCUGAACGCAAUCAUUGCGGCAGUGUUUUCUGACUCGGGCGAUUUGAAAGCAGUCUUACCGGUCGUCUUAAAGCUCGGGCUGUUUGCGGAUGACGAGUCUGGCGUGGACCCCAAACUUUUAUCAAAUGAUCAUGCUGGUCUCAUAGAGAGCUUUGGUAACAUCUCUGCACCCACGGCCUUCAUUCAGGAUCUUGACGUUGAUAUACUCGAACAAGGACCCGGUCUGAUGCCGGCCGAACCGAACUCCGAAGUGGUAGACUUCAACUUCCAACAAGCACCAGACGUGUACAUGAAUAUGCCACCGUGCCCAACGAAUGUGUUUGACUUUUUGCUUAACGAUCCUUCGCUACUGUUGGGAGAAAAGAUGGUCAAUGACCCUUCCCCCGUAGUAGGCUCACAACCCGACUCCAUGGACCAAGAUAUAUCGAUCAGUACCAGAACAGUUGGCCGAGAGAAGACACGAAAGUCUGACAACGGCUCUGUGUAUCGGUCUACGCCAUGGCUAGGUAGGUAUAUGGCAGAAGAGAGAAAAAGGUGCAUCUUGCACAAUGUUCCACCGCCGGAGCAGACCUUCUUUCGAGAACAUAUCGAGAAGGAGCUGCAAGGUCUAGGGGCAAAACAUGCUAAAGCCUCUACACUACUUCAUGUUCUGAUAGCUGGUCCUUACGCGAUUGCUAGUUUGCGCGACCUAGUCAUCUCCUAUCAGUCCAGAGGCUUGUCUCGCUUUUGGCAGGUUGAGCCCACUGUCUCUCCUCAAGUGCGAUUUGAAAUCAUCAGCAGCCUAGAUCGCAACAUCACUGCGUACGGGAUUCUUCGUCGGUAUCAUAUUCUCCGUCUCUUUGAAGAUAGUGUACCUUCCAAUAGCCGAGUAUUGACGAACUUCAUCAACUCGAGUCCGAACCAUCUGCAGGCGACAAAAAGGCCUGGAAACCCUGGCAAUAAUUCGAAAGCAGACGUCACGAGCGUCAUGAUGAAAGAAAUAUAUCACAGCCUGGAUCCGUCAUCCCCGGAAUAUAAAACACGUUACAGAGAAGUCUCCAGGCUACAGAUCCUUGGGCGACGAUUCCACGCCCUGGUAACUAGGUUCCACCAGGGAAUCCUUGGCCUUAUACCCCCACCGGGUGGACUUACCAGGGCAAUUGACAUUGAUAUAUCAGACUGCAUGAUACGGGAUAUGCCUGAUGCAACCUUUAACAACCUCCUAGAUAUCCUUGAAAGGACACAAGGACCCUUGCUUAAGAAAUCCAGUGAGGUGACGAUGCGCCUAAUUGAGCCGUUGAUAUCUGGCACGCCGCGACUCCCUGGGCGGUUUCGCAUCGAAAUGUAUGCAGCAGACGACAUCAUACAGUACCCUAAAGGUUCUGAAGAGCUGCUUGAUGUGUUAAGUGAAGUGUAUACUGCUAUAUUUCCCGGCGCUGAAAGGCUUGUCUCUGACUUUCCCUAG